CGACGGGCCAACUGCUUGCGACAUCACGGAGAACAGCACCGCUGAAAAGCGGCGCCUGACGUUUAUGAGCCGGCCACUGCGGGGAUGAACGCCACGCAAGAUUCGGACGAAUGUGCGUGCGGGAUGCCGCGGUGGCUGCUGGCCACUGCGCUGGCCUACAAAGGGGUGCACGGGCCGCUGGCCGUGGCCGUGUGCAUCCUGGGCUCGGUGGCCAACUGCCUGAAUCUGGUGGUGCUGCGCGAGCUGCGGGCAGCGCCGGUCAACAGGAUCCUCAGCUGGCUGGCCAUGGUCGACGUGGUCGUCAUGCUGCUCUACCUGCCCUUUGCCUACGAGGUCUACAUCGACCCUGAGCGACAAUGGCGCUCCUAUUUGCCCGGAUGGGCAGUUUUCCUCCUUCUUCACAUGCAGCUCGCGCAGGUAUUGCACACCGCUUCCGUGCUGCUGACACUGUUACUGGCCACCUGGCGCUGUCUGACGUUGGCCCAGCUGACUCCUGGUCGCGGCGCUGGACGCCGGACUGCCGACUCGGACACGGCACUGACCGUGGCGUUGAUCGGCUGCCUGGCGCUGGCCGUCGUGCUGUGCGUGCCCUCCUUCCUCUGCUUCACGCUGACCCAACGCUCAUCGGACGAGUGGCCGCACACCAGGCACUUAAUCACCCUCAGCGAGUUGGCCCAGCGGGAUGGAGGCGCUCUUUACCACUUCCACUUCUGGUUCAACGGGUGCGUGCUCAAGCUUCUGCCCUGUCUGCUGCUCUCGGCCCUGAGUCUUUGCCUCGUCAGGGCUCUUCUCAAGGCCCACCAGCACUCGCAAAAACUGCUGACUACCCCUGAAAACUUCCCCAUGAUCCAGAUUAGGCUCUCCGGGGAGGAAAAUUCGAGCCGGGGGAAAAGGAUCUCUCAAAGGACGGAUAGGACGACUCGGAUGCUGGUGGCCGUCACUCUGCUCUUCCUUGCAACGGAAUUGCCACAGGCAGUGCUGGGUGUGUUGAGCGGCAUGAAGGGUCCGUGCUUCUUCCAAACUUGCUACCAGGUGCUGGGCGAAAUGCUGGACCUGCUGGCGCUGUUCAACGGCGCCGUCAACUUUCUGCUGUACUGCGCCAUGAGCCGCCAGUUCCGAGCCACAUUCUGCCACCUGUUCCUGCCGUGGUUUGAGCCUCCGGAGGCGGUGCCGCCUCCAGGGACGACGGCCGUGCAGGCGCCGGUGCCGUCCGAGGUCAACUCGACCGUCGUGUGAAGGAUCUCAAAGAAUCGCAGCUUUUUUUAAAAUGGGGAAAAAAAGCGAAGGAAAAAGACUGAGUGGUCGGGGUCGCGGCUGAAUGAGCCCCAGCCGCGGCCCCGACAACGACUAUUUUAUUGUUCUAGCUCUCUCCGCGCGUAUGUACUUUACUUGUGUCAGAUGUUGCCAAUAAAAAACAAAAGUUGUUGUGUGUGU